UCUUGAUCUCGCCGAGGCACUCGUGAAAUUCGGUGCAAAAUUCAACAGUUUGAACGAAAACAAAAUAUUCAACAGAAAUUUUGCACCAGCCGAAUUGGAGAAUUAUCCUCUCCCUUUGAACAUUGUCGAGAUGAAACAAUUUUUGCGGUCAAACGUCUACGAAAUGAACUUACACAUGAAACUCAGAAUGAUUAAAGGUUUGAUGAAAGUUCGAGGAAAUGAUACCGAUUAUCUGAUCCCUGCAGUGACUAGGAUCGAACAAGAUAAAGAAGCAAUAUUUUUCGUCAUGGUGACUAUUGGUUACUUAUCUAUUCAUGAUAAAUUUGGUUUUUAUAUGAAAGAAGAAGUCAUGGAUUUCUUACGCCAACAAUAUGAACAAUGCGAACAAAACCCAACAUACGGCGUUGACUGGACCGAGGUUCAUCGUCUAGCCCAAAAUAUAUUGUCUAGUGAUGUUGUGACGGCUGGUAUUGCGAGUAAAGAAAAGAUUAAGCUAACUGAAAAUGUCUCACUCUAUCAAAUUUUCCAAAUGAGUUAUAAAAAGGGUUGCUCGAUUUUGAGAGGCAUAUAUAACAUACCUCACUUCAUAAUGUCUUCAAUAUGACUGUCAAAAGACACAUAGGAAACGUUUUAAUGAGGCGGGAGUUGGAAUUAUUUGUAGCCGAUCUUUUUAUGACUGAUCAUUGCAAAUUAAACUUGCCUGAUGUUGUGUGCCGUACAGUUACCGAACGUAUGGAUGACGAGGACCUACUCCGCUUGUGCGAACAGACAACCGAAGAUUUUCUACCGCCACCGUUUCCGAUAUGACGAAGUGAACGCCUGCGGGCCCGCAACGUCUAAUUAAUUAGACGUUAAUUGUAUAAUGUACGAA